AUGGGGUCCUCCGUCAGUGUCUAUUUGGUUGCGGCAACGCUGAGUUGCUGGCUACUUCAUGCGAUGUACCAGCUACUUGCAUCUCCUUUGAGAGAUAUACCCGGUCCCUUCUGGGCCAGAUAUACUCGUCUCUGGUAUCUCUAUAAAUCCAAUGCCGGCAACUUUCACCUUGACAACAUCAAGCUGCAUGACACGUACGGAAAAAUUGUCAGGGUUGCUCCCAACAUGUAUUCAAUCUCUAGCGUCGACAAGGCUGUAUACGGAGUCGGAAGUCACUUCGCCAAAAGCGACUGGUACGACUCGUGGAAGCACCCAGAUCCCAAGAAUAUAACGCUCUUCUCGGAUACCAACAUUAAGCGACACAAUGAGUCUAGGCGCAGGGUGCAAGGCAUGUUCUCUAUGUCCACAAUGGUGUCAUAUGAAGCUCAAAUCCAUGAGAUCAACAAAAUAUUUCUCCAAAAGCUCCAUCACUUCGCAGAGACCGGAGAAACUAUCUCGCUUGAUCAUUGGCUCCAGUGCUACGCGUUUGACGCCGUGGCAUCCAUAACCUUCUCGGAGACUUUCGGGUUCUUGAGCGAGGGGGAAGAUAUUGAUGGGAUGAUGGCUGCUCUGGAUAAAGGUAACAAAUAUUCGUCAUGGGCGGGAGUCUACCCAGAGCUUCAUCCCUAUCUGUACCCGAUUCUCGAGCGAAUACCUACUUCAGGAGCAUCCGAGAUGGGGAAGAUGAUACGCUUCAUCAAGAGAAUGAUCGCUGCUCGCAGGCAACAACGAACCGAUGAGGGUGCUGGCGGAGAGAAAGCGAUAGUAAAGCAUACAGAGGAUCAAAAAGCACCAGAAGACUUCCUUGACAAAGCCUUGAAUGCCCAAUCCAAGGACCCAAACAAGAUGACGGACGCCCACAUUUUCGCACUCGGUUGGAGCAACGUCAGCGCCGGAAGUGAUACUACUGGAGUGAGCUUAACGGCCGUCUUGUAUCAUCUGUCACGAAAUUUAAGGGUGCUAAGUAAGCUUCUUAAGGAGAUCCUUGCCGUCGAAGCUGAGGGGAAGUGCAAUAGAGAUAGCUUCUCGUUCGCCCAGUCCCAAUCGAUGCCUUAUUUACAAGCCUGUAUCAAAGAGGCUCUUAGAGUCCAUGCCGCGGUUGGCCUGCCACUCUGGCGGGUUGUCCCAGAGGGCGGCCGGCAGGUUUGCGGACGUCACUUUCCUCAAGGCUCUGUGGUCGGAGUCAAUGCGUGGGUAGCUCACUCCGACGAGGCUGUCUUUGGCAGCGAUGCUCAGGAGUUUCGACCCGAAAGAUGGCUAGAAGCGGAUGAGGAUGAACUGAGGGCACUAAAUGCAGCGUGGGUCCCUUUUGGGGCAGGUUCCAGGACUUGUAUUGGUAGGCACAUCUCAAUGCUGGAAAUCAAUAAGCUGCUACCUCUCCUACUGAUGAACUUUGAGUUUGAGCUCAUUGGGGAUAAGGAAUGGCAAACGAAAACCUCCUUCUUUGUCAAGGCAAAACAAUUUGAGACUCGGAUUAAGGCAAGGCGGGUUUGUCAUUAG